GAGGUUGCAAAUGCAAUGUUGAUCUCGGACAUGGCGAAGAGGUUAGGGAGUUCUCUGAGGAUGCCGACUGCAAAAAGAGCCUUGAAAAACAGACUGCUGAGCAUAAGAAGGAGCUGAACGAAGAAAUCAAAGAGAGGUUUGGAGAUUUUAAGGAAAACUGCUUCCCAAAGCCAUCUGGUGGAUGUAAGUGUAACGAAAGAGAUGCAGAAGGAAAUGAGGUUGUCACUUCCUAUAACAACCCCUCUGAAUGCAGAAUUCGUUCCAAGCGUGAUGUAGGAGCCACUGUCCAGCGACAACCUGCCACUAUUAACCAACCAGCGCAGAAGUACCGUGCUCGCGAUCAAUCACCCAGUCAAAAUGUUCGCGAUCCUGUUAGAGAACGCGCUCAAGCAAACUACGCAGCUGUUCUGGACGAAUUGCACAACAAAUUCAAGGGAUUGAAGGAAGGCUGUUUCCCUCGACCGAAAG